CCCGGCGGCCCCAGGAGGUCCCGGCGGCCCCAUGGCGGCCUCUUCCUCGUCGCCGUCGCCGUCGCCGUCGCCGCGGCGCGUGUCCCGCUGGUACUUCGGGGGCCUGGCCUCCUGCGGCGCCGCCUGCUGCACCCACCCCCUCGACCUGCUCAAGGUCCACCUGCAGACGCAGCAGGAGGUGAAGCUGCGGAUGACGGGCAUGGCGGUCAAGGUCAUCCGCACCGACGGCCUCCUGGCCCUCUACAACGGACUCAGCGCCUCUCUGUGCCGCCAGAUGACCUACUCCCUGACCCGCUUCGCCAUCUACGACUCGGCCCGCGACCACCUGGCCCGGGGCAACCGGGGCCCCCCGCCCUUCUACCAGAAGGUGCUGCUCGGAGCCUUCGGAGGUUUCGCCGGCGGAUUGGUGGGGACCCCCGCGGACAUGGUCAACGUCAGGAUGCAGAACGACAUGAAGCUGCCGGCCAGCCGGAGGCGGAACUACUCUCACGCCCUCGACGGCUUGUAUCGCGUAGCACGCGAAGAAGGUUUGAAGAAGUUAUUUUCUGGUGCCACGAUGGCGUCGAGCCGGGGAGCCCUCGUCACAGUCGGCCAGCUGUCCUGUUACGAUCAGGCCAAGCAGCUGGUCCUCACCACGGGACUUCUCUCCGACAACAUCUUCACUCACUUCCUCGCCAGCUUCAUCGCCGGCGGGUGUGCCACCUUCCUGUGCCAGCCUCUGGACGUGCUCAAGACCCGUCUGAUGAGCUCCCAGGGGGAGUAUAAGGGUGUCAUUCACUGUGCCGUGGAGACAGCUAAACUCGGACCACUGGCCUUCUACAAGGGCUUCUUCCCGGCCGCCAUCCGCCUGGUGCCGCACACCAUCCUCACCUUCGUCUUCCUGGAGCAACUCCGCAAAUAUUUCGGGAUCAAAAUUCCGGCCUGAUCCGGGCCCCCCGCAGGGCGGAGCCCCCCUCGCCCUCCCAAACCGCCCCCGCCCCCAGCCUCCGUCUGGGGUUCUUCCAAAGAGACCAAGGAAGGGAGAGAGGCCACGUGGGAAGAUGGUUUCACCUUCCCGGCCCUCUUUUCCUGAAUCGCUCCAGCCUGGAUCGUCCCGUGAUUUUUGCCUCCUCCUCCUCCUCCGCUCGGAGGGCCCUUCCGGCGACAGGAGUCCCCCAUUUAACCCCCCCCCCCCCCCCCAACUUAAUCUGCCUUAAUCGAACAAGCCCGCGACCCUCCCCCGUCCCGUUGGCCUCCGUCCGGCCCCGAAGCCCCCGACGCCGUGAGAGAGGGAAGGGGAGGGCGGCCGGCCGCCCAGAGCGUCUCCAGUCGACCGGAGAAAGCUUCGUCUUCUCUCCCUCUGCUCCCGUCGGCGGGGGAGGGAUUUCAGGGUUUAUAGCAGCUCUCUCGCCCUGGGGGGCUACUGGGGGUGCGGGGUCAAGAGGCCGGGCCCUGAGGCCUCGAGCGGAGGGGCCGCGGGUUAUUCCCAAACUUCCUUUCGCACUCGACCUCCCUUCCUCGGAGCACUUUAAAAACGAUGACCGAACAGUACGGGAGUUGGGGCGAGGGGAAGGGGGUGAGGAAGAGAAGCGUGCCCCUCUCUCUGGGGGGGGAGACCCCAUUUUGAGGACCCCCCCCAAAAAAAAACCCCAACUCCAUCAUCUCGGAUUCCGCCGCCGUCAAGGUACGCGCCGGUCAACUUUCCCUUCUCCCCGCCCAAAGCUGGAGCGUGGCCAUGUCUUGAGCCAAGAAUUGGGACCAGGGGGCGAGGGGGGAAAGUGUCUUUGAGAGGGUGUCCUGCCCCUGAGUCCCCCGAGCAGGGAGGAGCGUUUCCCGUUUUGCUCUGUCUCGGCCCCCAGGGCUCCCUGCUCCAAACCCCGGCCUCCGGGAGUUGGCGCAACUGGUCGGUCUCCCUCGGUGGCGUCUCUUCCCCACCCUGGACAUCCCCCCCCCCCCCCCCCCCCCGUCAACCCGAAACGCUGCUCGUUCUCGCUUCUAAGAUCAAAACGCAAUCAGAGAGCUUCCCGGCAACCUGCGGGUUGCCGCUUCUUCAGGGAUUCUUCGAGUCCGACCGCGGCUUCCUCCUCUUCCCGCCCCCAUCUUCUCCCCGCUUAGCGUUCUGUCUUUCAAGGGCUAGGAAAGGUCUGGCACCCCCCGCCCCCCAGUUUCCACGGAUCUAGGGAUCGGUCAGGCAGCGAGGUGGACGGAUUUUUAGCCAAAGCAUCGCAUCUGUUCGGCUACUCCUUGGGCCGGGGCGGGGGGGGGCGUUCGUCAGUAGCCCCGACCUCUGAAGGGUGACGUGAGGCCCGCUCGUGUCCCCAGGUGCCCCCUUCCCUCGAUCCUCUGCUUUACCGCCUCGCGUCCCGUGUCCCAUGUGCACUGUGAAAUCCUCCCCUCGGGCAUUAAUGGGGCCCGAAGGAAUUUGGAUCCGGGCGGCCCGUUUGUGAUUCCGAAAAAUGAGAAUAAAUCAGCAAGAAGGUCUGGG